AUGAAGAUGGAGGAGUCUCAGAUAUGGAUGAAAAUGGUCACCCCAAACAACAUGAUCGCUGCUUACGCGAGGUGGUGGAUUGACGGCCAGGAGGAUCUUGCUAUUAGGGAACCGGUGCCUCACUCAGACGGAGAGUGUGAGGAUCAGAUCACGGCAGAGAAACUUCAAGAUGAACUGGCGGGGCUUUCUAAUGUACUGAUGGCGAAGCAUGUUAAGGAGGAUAAGUAUCUUUGUUACUAA